AUGGCUGCUGUUAUCACAUCCACCAUCAAACUUGCCAGCGGGUACGAAAUUCCCCGCCUGGGCUUCGGAGUAGGCAGUCUAUCAAACGUAAUAAUCCUGUUGGGCACUUCUCCAUUUGCACCCUCUAGGACUGACAUGAUUCUACCCAGUCCACCGGAGGAGACGGAACGAUGCUGCCUUGAAGCCUUGAAAGCCGGCUAUUGCCAUCUCGACUCAGCAGCAGUUUACCUUAAUGAGGCCGGCUGUGGCAGCGCCAUCCGUGCUUCGUCCAUCCCGCGUGAGCAGAUCUUCUUCACGUCCAAGGUCUUCGACAUCAGCUAUUAUCAAGCCAAAGCUCAGAUCGACGCGAGCCUUGCAGAAUCCGGGCUCGAUUAUAUCGACUUGAUGCUCCUCCACAAGCCUAUGGGCGGUUCAGAGAAUCGCAAGGGCGCGUGGAAAGCGCUGGUCGAGGCAGCUGAGGCAGGCAAGGUGCGUUCCAUCGGUGUUAGCAACUACGGCGUGCACCACUUGAAGGAGCUCGAGCAACAUAUCGGUGAGCUGGAGGCUGAGCGCGGGGGCAAGGGGAAGGGAGGUAUUAUUAGCAUAAACCAGGUUGAACUCCACCCGUGGUUGGGCCGGAAGGAUAUCGUCGACUGGUGCACACAGCGUGGUAUUGCCAUAGAGGCAUACUGCCCUGUUGUGCGCGGAACCCGCUUUGAGGAGCCGUCAGUCAAAAAACUGGCAGACAAGUACAACAAGACUCCGGCUCAGAUCCUCAUCCGCUGGAGUCUGGACAAGGGCUUCAUUCCGUUACCCAAAAGUGUCACGCCGUUGCGCAUCAGCGAGAAUGCCGGUGUGUUUGAUUUCAACUUGACGCCCGAGGAGGUACGGGAGCUUGAGACGGAUGAAUACAGUCCGGCUGCAUCAUGGGAUCCGACAGUUAUGAAGCUGGAGGAAUAG